AUUUGAUUAGAACCUGCUGCUCAAUUCCAGCUACCCUUUCGACUCGUCUGUACAACCUCGCUCUCUCUUUCACUUCCGAAGAGAGCACGACCUUCCUAGAUCAAAACCACGCCAGCCCAGGUACAAUAGAGCAAAUGAUCAAUCACAACAGCGAUGACGCUGAUUCAAACAAAUCUGAUGCGAAAAAAAAGCACGGAGAUGUACUAGAAUCUGGUGGUCUAGGAAGCAUAGCUACCGCGGCGGCUUAUGCAACAUCUCCUAAGUGUAUUAGCAUGGUAUUGAUGGUGUCAUUGAUAUUUGGUGGCUGUUGUGCAAAUGUGUUCGCAUUAGAAGCCAUUGUCAAAGAUCAUCCUAGUUCAGGUCCCCUGAUCACCUUUGCACAGUUUAUUGUGACUGCCGGAUUUACGUUGCCAAAUUUUGUCUCGCUAUCAUGUGGCGCUCGGUCACUAUUCCUCAGUCCGCGUGUCAUCCCAUUAAGGUCAUGGUUGGUAUACACGGCCUUCUUUGUGACACAUAUCGGUCCCCUACACAUAAUACUGAGAUCAGGCGGCCCUGUUGCUUCCCUUAUCGUCGGAUGCUUGUUCAAUGGAAAGAAGUAUUCUUAUGGUCAGAUUUUGGCAGUAGCGGUGCUCACUCUUGGUGUUGUUACAGCAGCAUUGGCAGAUGCUCAAGCUAAAGGCGAACCAUUAGACAUCGGGCAUAGUGGAGCAGGCCUUGAUAUAACGGCUACCGCUACUGGCUUCGCAAUCCUUGCUUCUGCAAUGGUUCUUUCAGCCUUUCAGGGAAUAUAUGCAGACCGACUAUAUGAGACUUAUGGCCGAAGCCACUGGAAGGAAGCGCUUUUCUAUUCUCAUGUACUCUCGCUACCACUUUUCCUCCCAACCUAUCCGCGGCUUCUGGAUCAAUGGCGAGUCAUGCUCUCCUCCCCUCCCUUGCAAUGUCGGCUUCCGGAGACAUCCAUCAGUGUGGCUUAUCUUUUUGUGAAUGCGCUGACCCAAUAUCUAUGCAUUCGUGGAGUUCAUCUCCUCUCCGCCCAGACGUCUUCAUUGACAGUGACGGUGGUUUUGAAUGUUCGCAAACUUGUUUCGCUCCUGUUAUCCAUCUACCUAUUUGGAAAUCAGCUUUCGCCGGGUGUUGUUAUUGGGGCUAUCUGCGUCUUCGCAGGAGGUGGUCUCUAUGGUUUGGAGGGUGCCCGGCUAAGAAAACCGAGUAACAAGAAGGAUUAA